CGUCACUCAUCCAUACUCUACACUCACAGCACCAUGUCCACCGCGCAAGAAAAUCAACGCCAGGGACGAAAGGCAUACGCAGAUGGCCAGUAUUCCAUCGCACAUGAAUAUUUCACCAGGGCCCUCAAAGCCGCCACCUCCCCAGACGACCAAUGCAGCAUCCUUGAUAACCGGGCUGCGACGCUCGAAAAACUCGGAGACGAGCACUACCUCUCUGCGCUGAAAGAUGCGCGCCGAAUGAUGCGCGUAUCACGUACCUCCGUCCGCGGCUACCUCCGUGCGGGGAAGAUCCUCCAACUCAUGGAAAACUUCCAUGUUGCCGCGGCGACGUAUGAGUACGGGCUUGGACUUAUUGCAGAUGAGGAUGUGGAGGGGCGACGGUUGCUUGAGGGAAUGUAUGAGAAAGUACAGGCGAGGGCGAAAGCUUUUAGGGAGAAGGAGAAGGCGAGGGAUCCGCUGAGUGUCCUGCCAGUUGAGAUUGUGGAUAUGGUCUUCAGAGGUCUACCAUUUCGGACUUUGAUGCUGCUUCAGUGUGUCAGUCGUGGCUGGCGAAGGUUCCUCAGCGAAUAUCAUCGGAGCUACGCCACGCUCGACUUCACGGGCGUCAAGAAGCCAGUCCCGAAAGUGACGGUCAUGGCCUAUCUUCAGCGCGCACGAGGCCGCACUACUAAGGUCAUGCUGGAAAAGUUCCAUCCAUCGAUGCUCGCGAUGAUUGUGACAAAAUCCAAGAAGCUGUCAGAGCUCUCCGUCAUGUCUACAGAUUUCCUUCCCGACGGUUACAUACGGCUGUUGCAGAGAGAUAAUUUGGCGGUGCUCAAUCUGCACUGCCAGAUGAGCUCGGAGAGUGCGCUUGAUCUCAUUGCGACAGCAAAGAAUUUGGAGGUGUUGAAGUGCCACCGAUUGGGGAGAUUGAGUGCUGCGGAUCUCGAGAUUGGAGGGGGACUGAAACUCAAGAAGCUGGUUCUCACGUGGGAUCAACCCAAAAUGUCUGGAGGGAGAAUUGUGAUAAAGGACUUCCCCGAGCUCCGUGAACUCAACCUUUGUUGCAGGAGGAUAGACUCAGGGCACGAACCAGCUGAUUUCAGAGAACUGCGCAGGUUGGAAAAGCUGGUUUUACGGGACUUGACCGUGCACUGGUUCCCUAAGGUUCCGGAUUCUCUCCUACACUUGGAUAUCCGGGUGGAAACUCUCAACAUGGAUCACCCCGAUGUGAAGGCCCUCCCAUCGCUGGAAUCACUUGGUCUUCCUGAAUCAAGCAAGAUCAACAAUGCCAUGCUUCUGAUGCUACUCUCGGCGACCACCUCGUUGCGUUCUCUUGACCUCAGUAUGUGUCCGCGGAUCAAUGCCGAUUCCAUGGACUGGCUCCUCGACGCCGGCCACGGCGACUCGCUCGAGUACCUCUCGUUGGCGGGCAAUCCCUCGUUUCGUGACGAGGUCACACGCGAACUUGGGAGACUGAAGAAGCUCAAGAGACUGGAUAUUGCGCACACCAUGAUUACGGGCAUCGGUGUCGCCAAUUUGGUGUACCGUGAGGGCAGUCAACUCGAAUGGCUGGGGUUGGACUACUGUAUCAACGUGGGCCGCGAUGCGAUCGAAGCUGCCAAUGCUGUUGGCGUCAGGGUGUCGCAUAGGAUGGACCAUUACUUUGGUGCUAGGAUGCGGUAUUCCGUAGUGGUGGGUUGAUCGUGGGCAUAUGUACCGGUACACUCGUUCGAUCCAUCCGGCCCAUUGAAAUACCACACGUUCUUUUUCCUCCAUCUUACUGGCUCGUCGUAUUUCCACCAUGCCCGCCUUGCAUUCACCCCGCAUCCGCUCGCUCCGCUGUUCUGGCGGCGAUGCGUUGUUGCUGUGCACCCCGUAUUCUGCCUAGUUCAUCGUCGUCGUAGCCCUCCCCCGCAUCCGGUUAGUGCCGUUCAUCCGACCCUUGGCGUGGAGGGCUCGUGCAUAGCGGGGUCUCUACGGGAAGGUCUGU